AUGACGUCGCUGCCAGUCCCAGUACCAUCCCAGGUCGAGCAGGUCCUUCGUGAAGGAUAUUCAAAGCUCUUCGAGGCGCACACGGUCUUCUUGACUGGAAGCACCGGGUCCCUAGGAGGAUGCCUACUUUACAAGCUGGCACUUCAGUUACCUACGCGUAGGAUAUACGUUUUGAUUCGCGGGACACCAGAGCAGGCAAUUGAGAAAUGGAAGAGAGCCAUGCCGAACCAGACGAAGGCAAUUCUGGAUUCGAAGAAAAUCGAGUUUGUGAGUGGGAAUAUCAAAUUCGUGGACUUUGGAAUCGAAGCAGCAGUGAUGGAGCAGCUACGCAACCAAAUCACUCUUGUGAUUCAUACGGCGGCCAAAAUCUCCCUGGAGUCCAGCCUUGUUGAUGCAUUCGAGAACAACUGCCUCCCAGCACUGGAAUUGGCCCGGAUUGCAUCACGUUUCCGACGCCUCAAGCUUCUCAUCCAGUUGUCCACUGCCUAUUGCAACAGCUUCCUUCCCGACGGCCCUGUGCUGGAGCGGCCGUACAGUUUAGCAAACGAAGAUCCAGAAGAAGAACUUGCAUCGAUCUUGACGCUAGAGGACUCACCCCACGCAUCCCGCUUCUCCUCGACGUAUGCCCAGGCCAAAUACGUAAUGGAAAAGCUCCUACCAAAGCGCUAUCCGCUUCUACCGAUUCUCCUCGUUCGCCCAACCAUCUUCGGUCAAGCAUUGCGACAUCCUUAUCCACUGUACGGGCUGUUGAACUCGACGCCGUUGAACAAAUUCUAUCAAAUUUACAUGGCGGACCAGGGUUCGACACAGGUGUGGCACGCUGCCAAAGGCUACAAAACAGGCGCCAAUAUCAUCGACGAGAUCCCCGUCGACUUCGUGGCCAAUGCUUGUCUACUUCAUGCCGCAGCACGUACCACGGGCACAGUUCAGAUUGGCUCAGAGCUGUACGAACCCUUUACUUUUGACGAGUACAUAGACAUCGCCAUGACCAAUGCUCCACCGUCGAUCCGACGCGAGCUUCCGCAAAUAGUCUUCACUGAGGACCAGAGCGCACCGCAGUGUUUCCUGGCUGAAUUGGUCCAGGUUGCGUCGCGCAAUUGGUUCUUCGAUUGUGGUCGGUCCUACUGGAUGAGACAGGUGGGUGGACCGUUGAGUCUGCGUGCGUGCAGAUGUCAGGUAGACAGUAUAAACAAAUUGCGGAUCCAAGGGAUCUACAGAAAGGGUAUGGAAAUGGCCAAAAUUUGA